AUGAUACGGGCAAGCAAGCCGCUUGUUCUGUCCUCCAUAGUGAGCGGCGCAUAUUCUCUCGUUGCGCGCCAGAGCGGAUGUAGCUUUACCCUUUCGACAGGUGGCUCAUUCACCGGCCAAGUCGGCCAAUAUGACGGUGGUCAGACUAAAGGUGGACUUCCCGGAACCAGCGUCGUACAGUCUGGGUUUGUCCUGAAUGGCGAUACGAUAUCCGACUCCCAAGGCCGCGGUUGUUGGUGGACACCACCGAGUACCGUGCUCCAAUGUGACGUCGGCCAAAACCCCGAAGGCGGAUUUGCUAUCGGUUGCAAUGGGGAGCUGACUUAUAAUGGCCAGUCUUCUUUCUGGCAAUGUGCUACGGGAGAGGAUGGUGUAGUGAUGAUAUACCUCUGGCCUGGAGGGACCAACUGUAAUCAGAUUUCCUUGAUAGCGAGUGGGUGUCAUCCUUCAUCGUGUGAUUCGGGUUCUGGCGCUUCGGGAACUGCUCCGGGUAUAGGAUCGACAUACCCUGGCCCAAGCGGUACGGCUCCAUGGAGCGGUGGUUCGAAUAUGCCCCCAGGUGGAACAGGAGGAGCUGGUCCUUCAGGAACAGGCGGUACUUAUCCUACUGGCGGGCCCGGCACCAUGCCACCUGGUGGAGGCGCUCCUCCACCGUGGUCUACUGGUCCCGGAGGCGGCUCAGGUCCGUGUAUGCCGAUGACAACUACCGUUUUUGUUACUGUAUCAAACACGGACUGCGUUUCAACCGUUACUGAGUGUCCUCCACAAACGGCUCCUCCAGGAGGUACCGCUCCCCCAGAGUCUCCAACUACAGAGGCUCCGCCUCCGGGAACAAGUCCGCCAGGAACACCACCAACAGUAAUGCCUCCACCAGAGACGAGUCAACCUACUACAGUUGCUCCGCCACCAGUAACUACCCCGGAGAUGCCCUCAAAUACAGAAGGGACAUCUCCUGCUACUAGCCCCCCAGAGACGCCCUCAAACACACAAGGAACAAGUCCUGGCACUAGUCCUCCGGAGACGAUUCCGCCAACGACUGUCAUUCCGCCACCGGAGACUACUCCAGAGAUGCCUUCAAACACGCAGGGGACUUAUCCUGGUACUAGCCCUCCGGAGACGCCUACAACGGAAAUCCCGCCACCGGAAACGCCCACGACGCAGAUGCCUCCGCCUCCACCGCCGCCGCCUAUGACAACUCCCAUGACUUCUCCGGAGAUACCGACAACCACUCAGGAGACAAGCCCCCCAGAAACUACACCGGAAGUUCCUCCUACGACUUCUCCGGGAUAUCCAACCACGGUUAUUCCUCCACCGGAAACACCCACGACCACUCAAGGAACAACUCCUCCAGAGACCACACCACAGCUCCCUCCAUCUGAGACGAGCCCUCCUAUGACCUCUCCGGAGACACCAACGGUUCCUACCACCCCAGGGUAUCCGACAACAGUUAUUCCACCCCCAUCAAAUACACAGGGAACAAGUCCGGGAACGUCGCCGCCGGAGACACCCGUGAGUCCUACGACUCCAAUGUAUCCUACAACAGUCGUUCCUCCACCGGAGACACCUACGACCACAGGAGGAACGAGCCCUGAAACAUCGCCGCCAGGAACUCCCACAAGCCCAAGCUAUCCCACGACGAUUGUUCCUCCACCAGGAACACCAACCACCACUCAAGGAACCAGCCCUCCAGAGACGACACCGGAGCUCCCUCCACCCGAAACGACCCCCCCUGCAACUUCUCCGGGGACACCGACAAUUCCCACCAUCCCGGGAUAUCCAACCACAGUCGUACCACCACCACCGGAGACGCCUUCAACUACGGGAGGAACAAGCCCUGGAACAAGCCCCGGAACGUCGCCGCCGGAAACUCCUACAAGUCCAGGAUAUCCUACAACGGUUGUUCCUCCGCCAGAGACACCAACAACUACUCAAGGGACAAGUCCUCCACAGACUACGCCGGAAAUUCCUACAACUACCCAGGAGACAAGCCCUGUAAUGUCUACCACGGAAGUCCCUCCGGAGACACCGUCAAUGCCUACUACACCAGGGUACCCAACAACAGUUGUACCUCCACCACCGGAAACACCUACCACUACCCAGGGAACAAGCCCUCAUACAUCGCCGACUGAAGUUCCACCACCGGCAACUUACCCUACAACGGUUAUUCCUCCUCCAGAGACGCCGAGCAUGCCUUCGGAAACACCACCGAGUACGCCGCCGACCAUGCCACCAGAAACACCGAGCACGCCCCCGCAGACACCUACAACAACCCCAGGAUAUCCCACCGGUCCUCCUCCUCCCCCACCUCCUCCCCCGGAAUCGCCAACGACAAGUGUCCCCGGCACUACGCCUCCACCUGUAGAGACUAGCGAGACUUAUCCGGGUACUUCUCCAGGGCCCUCUACAUUCACUAGCUCUGAGACAGUCGUAAUUCCUACGUGCCCACCGGAAUCGAAGUCGUGUCCCGAGAUGUCUAGCAGUACUACCCCAGGUACCACGCCGCCAGUCGAAACGAGUCCUUCAUCUACGUGGACAUAUUCGACGACGUCACCUCCUAGCGAAACCACAAGCCCUGGCAUUCCAACAAGUCUGACCUCUCCUGGUGAAUCAACCUAUCCUGGCACAUCUCCUGUAACAUCUCCUGGAUCAUCUACCACGGUCGUGGAGACAACCACUACAAGUUCGUGUCCAACAACCUCUACCUCACCUGGUGAGUCGACAACUAGCGUCCCUGGCAUACCUACUACUUCAAGCGAGACAAUUCCUCCAGGAGGUUCGACUUAUCCCGGGACUUCUCCAACCACAAGUAUACCGACCGUACCGCCCACUACAAGCGAGACGACUCCUCCAGGCGGUUCAACUUACCCAGGCACAUCUACAACAGUAGUAGAGACCACAACCACUAGUGUACCUACUACUACCAGCGAGACGAUUCCAGGCACAACCCCGGGCACGACUUCAGGCACAACUUACCCCGGAACAGCUCCGACCACCAGCGUCCCAGGGGUACCUUCUACCACAAGUGAAACAACUCCAGGUAGCUCGACUUAUCCUGGAACAUCUCCCACUACCAGCAUUCCAGGCAUACCCACAACUUCAACCUGGACGACUCCGGGUGGUUCAACAUAUCCUGGGACGGCUCCAACUACUAGUGUCCCAAACACACUGCCCACUACAAGUGAGACAACUCCUCCAGGUGGUACGACCUAUCCUGGAACAUCUACAACGGUUGUGGAGACCACCACCACGAGUUCUUGCCCGACAACUUCGACUACACCUGGAGAAUCACCAACAACUAGUGCACCGGGCGUGCCCCCAACUACGACCCCGGGUACAUCCUAUCCCGGCACGUCUCCCACUACCAGUGUCCCGAGCGUCCCUCCUACUUCAAGUGUGCCGACAGAGACCCCUAGCAUCCCGGGUACUUCGACUUAUCCUGGAACAUCACCAACUACUAGUAUUCCGGGCGUACCUACCACCACGAGCGAGACGACUCCAGGUACAACCCCGGGCACGACUCCCGGCACUCCUGGCACAACUUAUCCAGGCACAUCGCCAACUACCAGUGUCCCGGGUGUACCCCCUACAUCGACCAUACCUACAGAGACCCCCAGCACUCCAGGCGCUUCGACUUACCCUGGUACAACUUCAAGUUCGUGCUCGACUACGGAAACGGAAGUUCCAAGCACGACACCCGGAGUUCCUACCACAACGCCUGUGGUGCCCGGGACGACCUUGACUCCCAGCACGACGUCGCCUGGAAUACCAACCACAUCGGCUGAGGUUCCUGGAACAUCGCCUACAACGCCAAACGGAUAUCCCACUACCUCGGCUGGAAUCCCGACCCCAUCGUACCCAACUUCGGGAACGCCUCAAGUACCAAGCACGGCGACAACGCCUCCAGGAGAGUCCACAAGCGUCCCUGGUUAUCCAACAGGGCCACCGCCGCCGCCGCCGCCGCCGCCUCCGCCAUCAUCAGAGACACCAAGCACUCCAGGUUAUCCGAAUGGACCGCCAUCUGGUCAUCCGGGGCACCCAACGGGACCACCGCCACCACCACCGGCAGAGACACCAAGCAGCCCAGGCUAUCCGAACGGGCCGCCGUCUAGUCAACCAGGAUAUCCAACAGGACCACCACCAGCAGAAACUCCAAGUAGUCCAGGAUAUCCAACAGCGCCACCGCCACCAGCGGAAACACCGAGUACUCCAGGCAAUCCGAACGGUCCGCCAUCUAGUCAACCGGGUUAUCCCACUGGCCCACCGCCCGAAUCUGGCCCGCCGCCGCCUACAUCAAGCCCUCGUGUUCCUCCUCCGCAGCCAACGCCCCCGGCUGAAUCUGGCGCUCCCGGCAACCCCACUGGACCACCACCGCCGCCACCACCAGAGGCAACUGGUAGUGUUAACGGAGAUAAAAACUCGCCGGAACCGACAGGAAAUAAUGCCCCUGAACAGUCCAAGGACGCAACAUGGGCGGCGCCGUCUAAAAUCCCCAGACGGGCGACGGGCCUUUUCAAUCUUGCCCCGUCUUCCCCAACCUGUCCCGGCGAGCUAACUGGUCAAUGGGAGUCCCCGGAUCUAAUAAUCCCCGUUGACAGUUCGCGCCCGAACAAGGCAUACGGAUCAUCUACCUCGGGCGAGGUAACAUCCACAAUCUCCAGCAUUUUCAAAUUCCACGUCCCAUCCAGCGGCAGCGGUAAGACAUGCAAGCUCGUGUUCUUCUUCCCCGAGAACGAAGACGCACAGACCUCAUCAUUCGAUAUCACUGGCUCGGGAGCAGUCGAGUUCUCACGUCUCGACGGCUACGUGGAUCUAGACACGACGCAGAACAGCCUCCCGGACAUGGCGCAGAGUUAUAAUAGGCUCACCAUCGCACCAGGAAACGCGUACACCAUCGAGUCCUUCGCGUGUCCCAGCGGCGAAGACGUGGUCGUCGAACUAAGCAGCGCACCCGGUAGUCAAACGUCACUAUGGUUUGAUCAAGACUCGACUGACGCGUGCCCGCUUGGCUUGUUCUUAGUAGCGAGCGCGCUGGGAGAUGUGGAGUUGUGA